AUGGACUUUGAGUCACCCGAGGGCUGCCGCGCGUUUGACUACUAUCGCAGCCAGUCAGCACCAGUACUCGGCAACAUCAUGGACUCGGAGUUUUGGGGCGGCUUGGUUAUGCGACUGAGCGUGACGGAGCCCAUUGUGCGCCAUGCCGUCCUGGCAAUGAGCAGCCUCCACGAGCAUCUCAGUACGCACCGGGAGCAGGGCGACACCCCCGGGCCGUCGUUUAUUUACUCGGAAUAUGGGAAAUCCAUCGCGGCACUCAGACAAUGGAAAUCAAGUGACGGGCCAACUAUACCGCUGUUAGCUUGCGUUUUGUAUACCUGCCUGGAAUUUCUGCUCGACAACGAACAGGCCGCGAGGAUGCACAUCAUCGAAGGCCGGAAGCUACUGGGCUCUCUCGGCGAUGAGUCUUCACCCGCCCUCGAAAUGGUCAAGAGAGACUUGGUCCCCAUGUACACGCGGCUCGGUCUCGCCGCCUUUCUAUACGGCGGCAACCCCCCGGGCGUGCCAGAGCACCUGCGUCCGUCCAUCGCGCCGCCCACGAAAUUCGAGAGCAUAGCCGAAGCCAGGGCGUUACUCUACCACCUGCUGGACGAAGCGCUGCGAUUCACCACCGCCGUUCGACCAAAGAUCUAUGCGGGUCACCUAGACGCCAGCAGCUUGCAGGAUCUCGCUUCCGCGCAGCAAGCCCUGCUGUCGCGCUUGACUCACUGGCACGUUCUCUUCAUUGUCCUCACCAGCGGCUUGAAGAUGACACAGGCAAACGUCUGCACGCAAAACCUGCUGCUCAUCUACUACAACACUGCCGUCAUAUGGGUUUCCACAUCGCUGCGCAGAGACGAAGUCGCCUACGACGCGCACAUGCCCGCCUUUAGCACCAUUGUCUCGCUGGGCGCGGCCAUCAUCGCAGGCGCGCAGCGGGGAUCGCCGCUGCAUUCCUUUAGCUUUGAGACGGAGCUGAUUGCGCCCAUCUACUGGACCGUGCAGAAAUGCCGGCAUCCGCUGCUGCGUCGCGCCGCCGUCAAGCUCCUCAUGAAGGACGAGCUGAAGAACCGGCGAGAAAACUUGUGGCACUCCAACGAGGCCGUUGCCAUUGCACUGCGCACAAUCGAGGUGGAAGAGGAGCACACCGCAAGGUGCGGAGUGGUCAUGGAGAGCGCAGUGGGCUUGAGCCCUGAACAUCAUGGGACACCACACUCCGAGGCCUCCAGCAGAGACUCCAACAGAAGCGGUUGGCACGUGCCGCUGGGCCAUCCGCCUACGCUUUCUCUGGGUCAAAUAGAAGAGGAGCAGCAGCUGGAAGAGCUUCUGAACUUUAAUACAAUACCCAGCACUGCUGGCGGUGCCCAGAGCGGUGGCAGUCUGGUUGACGUCCUCCACGUGGGUGUUGAGGCGACCCAGCUGCAGUCUCCGUACGGCGUCAUGGAGAGCUCACGGAUAAAGAAUACUUUGAUCGGAGCGCGGGACAAGGCUGGCGUCACGGUGACGAUAUUCCGAGACCCUCAAAAUGCACAGGACGAGUGGGAUGUGAGGAAAGAGUUUAUCCCAUUUCUAUAG